UUUGUCUGGUAUCGGUGUACCUGGUGUAACUGUGUGCCCGGGGCAUCAUAUCCUGUUGCCUCUAGGACUGUUUGCCUUCGCUGCGUCGCCGCCACUCACAGAGAACGUUUACAGUUCGAUUCGUCGGGAAGCAAAAUGUCUGGCCUAACUUGUUUAAUCCUGUCCUCGCUUCUCGUGGCCUAUGCCAGCGCCCAGUGUCCCAGUCCGUGGGAGCCGAACACUCUAUAUCCAGGUUUCUGCUACUAUCAUUAUGUGUUCCCUGUGAGCUGGGAUACAGCUAACACAAUUUGCCAGAUAUUUGCGGGAGGCGAUCUUGCAUCUAUUGACGAAUUUGAGGAGGGAACGGUGAUAUAUGACUAUUGGAACCGGACAGCAAUAGAUCAGAGCCUGGGCUAUUGGAUCGGAUUGACGGAUAUCCAUGAUUCAGGCUUGGGGACAAGACAAUGGACCGACUGGACGAGUCUCCAAGGAAAGACGAACUGGCAGGGAGGACAACGGCCGACAGAUACCAGCGAGGACUGCGUCUACGUGGCCAAUGAAGGCGAUACCGAUGAGGAGCGUAAACAAUGGAGAGCAACCUCAUGCACCCUUGUUUUAAAAACUUUUAUUUGUGAAAGGAAGCUGGUAAUAAAUUAGACUGAAUUAAAAAUAAAAACUCCCCCAGCAAUUUAGUGGGGUUUAACUGUUACUUAAAUGCAAUUAUGUAGUUAGGUACAAUUUUGAAAAUAUAUUGCGCUUAAACGAGUACUCAUGGUAACUGUCAUUAACAUAUAUUACUAUAAUUAUACUCUUUUAUAGCAUUACUCCUGGCAAAAUUAUAUCAUUGUAACAUCAGAACGUUAUAUAAUGCAUGCUUUAUCCUGCCACACUUUACCAUAAGGAACGGGAUAUU